CACCCAUCUGCCAUGCGAGCCCAAGUCCACCUCCACACGACCAAAGAUGCUGCUGAAGUCACCCCAUUGCUCAUCGAGCCAGCAUCCGCCAAGACUCAUGUGGUUGGUGUCGUCCUAGUCGCCCUGUCCGCCGUCGCAUGUAGUUUGGUGGCUACGUUUGUCAAGUACGUUAGCAUCGACUUGACCUCCAUGGAAGCCUCGUUUUGGAGAUUUGCCAUCGCGUAUGCCUUGGUGCUGGUGUUGGUGCUGUAUUCCAAAGCAGACUUGCUCGUGGCACCUCAACACCACUGGGACCUGGCGUGGCGAUGCAUCUUCAGCACCGCCUCCGUCAUUUCAUUCUUCUGGGCCAUCAACGAAACCGCCCUCGCGGACGCGACCACCAUCGCCGCCAUCACUCCCGUCGUGGCCUUCUUCGUUGGCGCUUGGAUGCGCCAGGAACCCAUUGGCCUCGUGGACGUAAUUGUAGCCGUCGCCGCCCUUGCUGGCGUCGUGUUUGUCGCGCGGCCAAACGUGGUCUUCGAGGUGCCGAUCAUCAGCACCGGCAGCCCAUACGCCGCCUUGGGAGCCAUUGGCUCUGCCGUCUUUGCCGCGUUGGCCAACGUGCAUGUGCAGAAGCUGUCGGGAUUGCCGGCGGUCGUCGUGGCCCACUACGUGUUGCUUGUGGGGGCGACCGUUUCCGGUGUGUGGGUUCUCUUGGCGCAAGGGCAAUUCAGCCUGCAUCACAGUGGCCGCACCGUGUCCCAAGCAGCAAUCAUCACUGGCCUCGUGGCGUUCCUAGGCGACUUGGCCUUGGUCAAAGGGCUCGAGCACCUGGAAAAUCCAGACACGUCUAGCCGAACGGACCGCCUCUUGUCUGCCGUGCGAUAUGCCGACCUGGCGCUUGUGUUUCUAUGGGAUGCGACGCUUAUUCGAGAGCGGGUCAACAGGUGGAGCGUAUUGGGGGCAGUGCUGGUCACUGUUGCCGUCGUGACCGUGCACAUCCGACGCGCCUCCACGAGACAACAUCCUAGCCACCAUCCAUAAUAAUGCGUUGUCCGUAGUAACGUGAAUGGCAUUGAGUUCUACUUUACAUGAGAC